CCCCUGGACCUCCAGGGAAUUCCCUAAGGUAUUAUUAUUCCCAUCUUACAAAUCAGGCUCGGAGAAGUCAAGUAACUUGUUGGGAGAAGAACUGAACUUGAAUGCGCUUCCCACUAUACCUGGGAGCAUCAUUCCCAGGAUCUCUUCAGGACCACCUGUUAAUGCGUUCUAAAUUACAACGUUAAUUAAGCUCUGGAUUUACAACCAGGACACGGUUUUGAGAGUUUCGGGUACUUUCCGUCCAGUUUUCCGCAAUAGAAAGUAGGGAUAAUUACCGACCCCUUUUCCACUUCAAAAGACUGACGUGAUAAUUAGGGAGCCGAGAUUAGCUGGAAGACAGAACAAGAAUAAACUACGACUCCCAACAAGCCCGCAGAGGUGACUCGGGCGGGGGACAGCUCCCGCUUCGGGGCAGAGGUGACCUCGCGCGUCCGCGGCCAAGCAGGGAGCCCCCCCACCCCCACCCCGGGCCGUGCCUCUUUCCCGAUGCAUCCAGGGACUUGUAGUUCCCAUCGGGCGCGGGUGAGCCUGGGGGAUAGGGAGCGCGCGGAUCUCCUACUACAAGUCCCGUGAUUCGACCGGGGCGCCGCCGCGCCUGCGUGCUGAGGCCGCGGGGGGGAGUGCGGGCGGCGCGGGCAGCGGAGCAGUAAAGAUGGCCGCGCGCGGGUCUCCGCCCUCCGCUCCCGGCUGAGGCGCUUGGCUGCGGCUGCGGCGGCGGCCCGCAGCAGCGGCGGCGAUGGCGGAGAUGGAGCACCUGGGCGGGAAGCGAGCCGAGUCGGCGCGGGCACGGCGGGCCGAGCAGCUACGGCGCUGGCGGGGCUCGCUGACGGAGCAGGAGCCCGCCGACCGGCCGGGCGCGGGGCUGCCGUCGCAGGCUCAACGCGGGGGCCCGCGGGUCCGCUUCGAGGACGGCGCCGUGUUCCUGGCCGCCUGCUCUAGCGGGGACACCGACGAAGUGAGGCGGCUCCUGGCCCGGGGCGCCGACGUGGACACGGCCAACGUGGACGGCCUGACCGCCCUGCACCAGGCUUGUAUUGAUGAAAAUUUGGACAUGGUGAAGUUUCUGGUGGAGAACGGAGCCAAUGUGAACCAGCAGGACGGCGAGGGCUGGACCCCCCUCCACGCGGCAGCGUCCUGUGGCUACCUCAACAUAGCAGAGUAUUUCAUUAACCAUGGAGCCAGCGUGGGUGUUGUGAACAGUGAAGGGGAAGUCCCCUCUGACCUCGCAGAAGAGCCUGCCAUGAAGGAUCUUCUUCUGCAGCAAGUGAAGAAGCAAGGGGUCGAUCUCGAGCAGUCGAGGAAGGCAGAGGAAGAGCAGAUGCUGCAGGACGCCCGCCAGUGGCUCAACAGCGGGAAAAUACAGGACGUGAGGCAGGCGCGCUCGGGGGCCACUGCCCUGCACGUGGCCGCCGCCAAGGGCUACUCUGAGGUCCUCAGACUUUUGACUCAGGCUGGCUAUGAGCUCAAUGCCCAGGACCGCGACGGCUGGACCCCGCUCCAUGCCGCCGCACACUGGGGGGUGAAGGAGGCGUGCUCCAUCCUGGCAGAAGCCCUCUGUGACAUGGACGUCAGGAGCAAACUGGGCCAGACACCGUUUGACGUGGCUGACGAGGGCCUCGUGGAGCACCUGGAGAUGCUGCAGAAGAAGCAGAGCGCGCUUCGAAGUGAAAAAGAGACACGGAAUAAGCUCAUUGAGUCAGAGCUGAACAGCACGUGGCACGGUAGACUCUUUAAGAACAAAGAGAAGAUGCUCUAUGAGGAGGAGACACCGAAGCCCCAAGAAAUGGAGGAUGAAAACAAAGAAUCCAGCAGCUCCAGCUCAGAUGAGGACGAAGAUAAGAAGCUGGGAGCCAGCGUCAGCCGUCCCAACUCUGAGAGCAAGAGUAGUGCCGCAGAGCAGGCGCCAGCACCAGCGCAGAUCACCUCCUCCGCCUCUUCAGCCCGGAGAUUCUCCGGCCUUUUCAACAAGCCGGAAGAGCCCAGAGAUGAGUCUGCGUCUUCGUGGAGGCUGGGCCUCAGGAAGACCGGCAGCCAGAACGUGCUGAGCGAGGCGGCCAAGUCCAGGGAGGCCCUGCGGGACCGGGGUGCAUCCAUCCACCGCUCGGCCUCCAGCCCCCGCAUCUCCACGGUGCUGGACAACAGAGAAAAGGAGAGAGAAAACAGAAGCUAUUUCAGUGCUCUGGGGCCGCGGAGGCUCAGCAGCGCCGGCGACCCGGAGGAGAAGGAGAACAGGGAGUCGGCCGCUCACCUGGUGCGGAGCGGCCCCCCCGCCCGCCAGCUGCGGAGGGACGGAGCGGAGGGGAGCGAAUCUCUGCAGACGGCCGCGCCUUCCACCUACGCGACAACCUACCUGAAAAGGCCUCCUUACAAGUCCCAGGCUGACUCCGCAGCGGAGAGAACAGUAGACAGUGUCUCUUGCGGCACCCCCCUCUGUGUGAUCACGAAUCGCCCCCCACCUAGCACUGCCAAUGGGGUUACAGCUGCCGCCCUGCUCUCCACUCCUGGAACGGACCCCUCUGUGGAAGCCAGGGAGAGGAGGAGGUCGUAUCUGACUCCCGUACGGGAUGAGGAAGCAGAGUCGCUACGGAAAGCGCGCUCCAGACAAGCUCGGCAGACUCGAAGGUCUACCCAAGGUGUAACCCUGACGGAUCUCCAGGAAGCAGAAAGGACGUUCAGCCGGUCGAGGGCGGAGCGUCAGGCUCAGGAACAGCCCAGCCCGAAGCCCGUGGGCCCCGGAGGGCUGGAGGGCAGCUCCCAGAAGCAUGAGCCCCUAGCGGCCCCUGCAGAGGAAGCUGGGGAGAGCCGCCAGCCCUGGGACCGGAGCCUGGAGGGUCAGCCUGUGUAUCGUCGCCUGAGGUGUCCGGCUCAGCCAGACAAACCCGCAACACCAGUGUCGCCUCCUGCCCCGAGACCCUCCCUUUACACCAGUUCCUACCUGCUGCGGACGGGUGGGUCUUCAGUCCCUGGUUCAGAGAGUUCAGAGCCCCCCGCCGGCCCUGCAGGGGCAGAGGAGAUGGACAAAAACGAGGGCGAAGAAGCCGAUUCGGGUGGUCAGUCCUCUAACAGGCUGUCCCUUCGCGAGGGGAGGCGUCCCAAGGAGCGACGAAGAGGCACAGGCAUCAACUUCUGGACAAAGGACGAGGAUGAACCCGAUGUCUCGGAAGAGGUGAAAGCGGCGUGGCAUGAACGACUUUCUAGGUUGGAAUUGGGAGGCGGUGACGCCGGCAGCGAGCGGGCCUCGGCCAGAGCCCGCCGGGAGGCCCGCGAGGCCCGCCUGGCCACGCUGAGCAGCCGCGCGGGGGAGGACGGCAGCAGGGGCUACAGAAAGCUCUACGAGAGCGCCCUGACCGAAAACCAGAAACUGAAGACCAAACUUCAGGAGGCCCAGCUCGAGCUGGCAGACGUGAGAUCCAAGCUGGAGAAGAUGGCCCAGCAGAAACAAGACAAGACUGCCGACCGGUCUUCUGUGCUGGAGAUGGAGAAGCGGGAGAGGCGAGCCUUGGAGCGGAAGAUGUCGGAGAUGGAGGAGGAGAUGAAGAACCUCCACCAGCUAAAACAGAUUCAGACCUUGAAGCAGAUGAACGAGCAGCUGCAGGCUGAGAACAGGGCCCUGACCCGGGUUGUGGCCAGACUCUCGGAGGCCAUCGAGGGCUCGGACCCCCAGGGGCUCUAGUCCUGCCCCCUCCUCCCCUCCUCCAGUCCAGGCAGGUUCCCUUUUGUUGUUGGUACCCGGGCUCUGCGGUCGCCCCCCAGAGCCUGCACGCGGGUUCCUGUGAAGGUUGGUGGUCUGCAGACGUGGCAUGGGCCGUGACGACCCAGGGCCGGGGCCUGGCCUGGGCUGCCGUCGGCUUGGUGAGACUCUUCCCCUAGAGACGGAGCGCAGGUCACUCAGCCAGACGGGUCCGCGCCUACCUGUGUGUGGACACGCACACGUUUCUGGGGGGAGGUCAGGGUCUGCGUCAGCAGCAAUCCAAGUGCAACCUUGUCCCUGGAGCAGUCGGGUUGCGCCUGGGGUGACGGUGACCAAGGGCAGGGACCACACGUUCCAGACGCCUGGGGGCUUGAGCACGUCUGUGCCAGGCACCCCUCAGAGGCAGAGGCCUGGAUGUCUGUUCAGAGCUCCCCUGCUGGUUCUGUUGUGCAGCUGGGCUGAG